UCAGGACAGGAGUCUAUCCCAUUUUGUGGCUUUAUUAUCUUGUGAAUGUAGCUGAUAACCGGUAGGGCAGACUACGGUCGGCUAUAAUUUAAACUCGACAGAUGAAAAAGUAAAUGUGAUAUUAAACAGAUAUAACGUAUUGUGCAAUACACUAAUAGUAAAGCGAAAACUUGCUACAGAUAUAAGUCUUUUCAGCAACUGAUUCAUAUAUAGCUAUGUCUGAUAUCAGAACGUGUUCAGUUAACGGACAGAACAACCAUAGCGCCAUAGAGGAUCCCAAGAAGAGUGAACAAAUAGUGCCAAGAAUACAGGAUGUCGUCCAACCUGGUAAAAGACCCACACGCUUCGUCCAGUAGAACCGAACGAAAUGAAACACCAAUUACAUUAGAAGACGAGACACCGCUGACUAAUCCACAAAAGGAGACCUCGUCAGUUGUUGAUGCAGAAAGAGAACCAUUCUACAAAGAGAGUAAGCUUUUCCGGGUUAACAUUGGAAGCAAAAACGCUCCCCAAUAUUUGUACCUUUCUCACGAUCUUGUGAAAAAAGAUAAAAGUGAUGCACAAGAGAACAAGAGACAAAUCUAUGAUGGGUUCUUCAACUGCGAUGUUCCAGUUGCCAUCUUAAAAAUAGAACCGAUCCUUAGCGGUACAACCCGAAAAGAAUUAGAGCGAGAACGUCGACUAUUGACAGAAUUGGAGGUCCACGAAAAUUUUAUCCGAUAUAUUGCUCACGAAUGGGACAAGGAUUUCGAGUACAUUGCAACAGAACGCUGUCUGUGUUCUGUGGCAGAUCUUCUAGAUCAAGACCUCAUAAAGGAAGUCCAAAUGAACAAGGAAAUUCUUGAGGAGUUAGGAGCGAAAGAAAUCCUGCGACAGGCAACAAGAGGGCUCGAUUACUUGCACCAAAACAACUUUGUCCAUCGAAACCUAAAGCCCAAUAAUUUUCUUAUUAAGGAAAUUAAUCAAACAGGUUACAGCUCUCAUCGAUUUGUGGCUAAAAUAACAGAUUUUCGCCUAACUAGAAAGCGUGAUUCUUUUGAGAAACUUCUAACGGGAGCUGCCGCAUCACAAGGAUGGGAGGCACCGGAAAGCCGAAAUGUGGAAAAAGUUCUCAGCACAAAAUUGGAUGUCUUUAUCCUUGGUUGUUUCUAUCACUAUGUGCUUAUUUCACUGUCAAAGAAGGAAGACAGCAAGAAAAAGCCCAGACAUCCAUUUGGCGACAAAUGAAGCUCAGCGUGUGCCAAACAUUCAGAAUUUAAAUUAUUCUGUCUAUAAGGACAAACCUCCAUUCAAUCCCGAAAAUAAGGACGAGGAAGAGGUGACAAAGCUUAUAAAGCUGAUGUUGAA